GCGCGCGCACCGAGGAACAGAGCAGAAGCAGUUGCCGCCACACCUCCUAAAGACUUGAACCUCGUCUCGUUUAUACAUUCUGAGUGUGUAAUACCGAAUAAGACGAUGGUCUGAAGAUAUUUAGGCGAUAAAUUCUCGAAUGUAAUUCCAUUACAUUCAUCCAGUCAGCGCGCGCUCGAAGGGCCGCUUUGGUUUCUCGGUCUCUGCUGUCGCCUUCUCUUUGAGAGAUAUACGAGCCCAUGCGAUUCUUCAGACUCACCUUUAAGUGUUUCGUGGAUUGUUUUUGAAGGUGCUUUUUAAAUUCGAUGUCGUUUUCUUUUACGAUCUAUUAUUUAUUUUCCAAACGCGAAUUUUGAUAAUAAAAAAAAAAUCCGCCAAUAUUUUUGCCAAUUCGUCGAGAAAUCUACCUGUCACCCGUUAGGCUAUUAUAACGGUCUGACGCUGAUGAGAAAAGGAAAAAUACAUUCUUAUAGAAUAACGCUGCUGAUUGUUUUGUUAUAUAUAUAUAAGGAUAAAAGGACCAGUUCCUGUGCUGAUCUUAACAGGAUCAUCUGAGGAAGAACAAAUAAUAGACAUAUAUUUAUAAAACAAAUAUUUAUUUUGACUUCCGAUUUAAGCCCUUCUUGUGUGUGGUUGAGGGUCGCUUUGUUUACAAGUGAGAUGGAGAAAACCUCUCUGGACGAAGACUGCUGCGUCCUGAACACAGUCCUUGUGGAGGAGAAGAAAGGACAUCUCAUUCCCAAUGGAAACGCGCAUCAAGGCGUCAAUGGGACCCUCAUAGGAGGGGCCAACGGGGGCCCCAUAUCAGCAGCCCCUGGAGCCAUAACAACGGCUGUGAGAGGUGGUUACCCCGAGCGAGAGACGUGGACCCGGCAGAUGGACUUCAUUAUGUCCUGCGUGGGCUUUGCCGUGGGUCUGGGGAACGUCUGGCGCUUCCCGUACCUGUGCUACAAAAAUGGUGGAGGGGUGUUCCUAAUUCCCUAUGUUUUGUUCAUAUUUCUGGGGGGCAUUCCUAUAUUCUUCCUGGAGAUUGCACUGGGUCAGUUUAUGAAAGCCGGAAGCAUCAAUGUGUGGAACAUUGCACCUCUUUUCAAAGGACUUGGCUUCGCCUCUAUGGUGAUUGUGUUCUUUUGUAACACCUACUACAUCAUGGUGCUGGCCUGGGGUUUCUACUACUUCAUAAAGUCCUUCAAUGCCACACUGCCAUGGUCCACCUGCGACAACCCGUGGAACACAGAGAAAUGCAUUGAGAUCUUCCACCACUCCGACUGCCAAAACGGCACCAUUGGCAAUUACACCUUCGGCAACAUGACGUGCGAGGAGCUGGCCAAUGGGCGUUCCCCUAUUAUUGAAUUCUGGGAGAACAAGGUUCUGAAUAUCUCUGAUGGGCUGGACAAGCCAGGUGUUAUCAACUGGGAACUAAUGCUGUGUCUGUUUGCUGUCUGGGUGAUGGUGUACUUCUGUGUGUGGAAGGGGGUGAAAUCCACAGGAAAGAUCGUGUAUGUUACUGCCACGUUCCCGUAUGUGGUCCUGAUUAUUCUCCUGGUGAGGGGUGUAACUCUUCCUGGUGCUUAUGAUGGAAUCUUGUAUUAUGUCAAACCUGAAUGGUCCAAGCUAGGAGAACCACAGGUCUGGAUCGAUGCUGGUACUCAAAUCUUUUUCUCCUACGCUAUCGGGCUCGGGGCCCUCACUGCUCUCGGCAGCUAUAACCGAUUCAACAAUGACUGCUAUAAGGAUGCCUUCGUGCUGGCUCUUAUUAAUAGUGGCACCAGUUUCUUUGCUGGUUUUGUCGUCUUCUCCAUCCUGGGUUUCAUGGCAUCCGAGCAGGGUGUGGAUAUCUCUAAAGUGGCUGAAUCGGGCCCCGGUCUGGCUUUCAUAGCAUACCCUAAAGCCGUAUCUCUGAUGCCCGUGGCUCCGGUGUGGGCUGCCCUGUUCUUCAUCAUGCUGCUACUGCUGGGACUGGACAGUCAGUUUGUUGGUGUGGAGGGUUUCGUAAGUGGCAUUCUUGAUCUUUUCCCUGGAAAGUAUUACAUUCGCUAUCAGCGCGAAAUCACUGUGGCAAUCUGCUGUUUGUUAUGCUUCAUUAUAGAUCUCUCCAUGGUUACACAGGGAGGGAUGUACGUCUUCCAGCUUUUUGACUACUAUUCAGCCAGUGGAAUGACCCUACUGUGGCAAGCAUUCUGGGAAUGCGUGGUUGUCGCAUGGGUUUAUGGUGCUGACAGGUUCAUGGAUGAUAUUGCCCGUAUGAUCGGUUACCGGCCAUUCCCGUGGAUAAAGUGGUGCUGGUCCUUUAUAACUCCAUGUGUUUGCAUGGGUAUCUUCAUAUUUCAUUUGUUGAACUACAAGCCUCUGACCUACAACAAUGUGUAUGUGUACCCGUGGUGGGGAGAGGUGAUUGGAUGGUGUCUGGCUCUCUCUUCCAUGCUCUGUAUCCCUGUUAGCCUUGUGUACAAGCUUGCUGGUGCCAAGGGAACAUUCAGAGAGCGUUGGGAAAAUCUGACCAAACCAGUGUGGGGAGCCCAUCACCUCGAAUACAUGGCCCCUGACACUGAUAUUAAAAACCUGGCCUCUCUGUCUCCUGGAACUGAGGAGAACAAGGUGAUCAUCUUUGAAAGUGUUAUGUAGACAAAAAUUAAAUGGAAAGCCUACGACAACCCUCCUAAGGCAAGCUAUUGAAGUAUUCAUUUGAUAUUUUAGGGAAUUCUACAUAAAAUUCUAUGAUCUUUCAGUCUUGGUACAAAAAAUAAUAUAUAAAAAUUUACGGAAAUUGAUGACUACAUAUAUUGCAUACUACAAAUCCUUUACCAAGUACACAAGAUUUUAUCAGAUCAGUUUAACGACCUCAUGAAAUGAUGAAAUGUUUAAACAAGUCUUUUAUUUCUUUGUUGAUGUAUUUCAUAUAUAAUCAGGAAGUUUGGGCCAGGCAUAAUGCAGGGCUCGUCCCUUUUUCUUGAAAAAAAAAAAGGCCAAUAGGCUUUGAUUAUGUCACGUGGUGGUGGUGGCGCCAUAGGCUUUAAUUAUGGAGUGGUGGUGGCUUUGUGGGCUAAAGCAGAUAACUGUUAAUCAGAAGGUCGCUGGUUCGAUCCCCACAGCCACCACCAUUGUGUCCUUGAGCAAGGCACUUAACUCCAGGUUGCUCCGGGGGGAUUGUCCCUGUAAUAAGUGCACUGUAAGUCGCUUUGGAUAAAAGCGCCUGCCAAAUGCGUAAAUGUAAAAUGUAAAUGUCACAGCCAUGAACCACGAUUUGCUACAGUCUAGUUGGUUGCAGGUUAUAUUUGUGAUGGGGCAUUCUCAUUCUCACGUUGGAUUGGACAAAUAUCUGUGUAGUGCAAGAUGAGUCAUCAAUAUUUCUGACCUGUUUUCCCAGAAGAUAAGGACUGUAAAUUUUAUAUGUGUAUAUCGGCUAAAGGUUGGAUUAGUCAACUUUUUAAAUUGUCCAAAAAAAAUUGAUUUCAAGGGGUCUUUAAGCUGUAACCUAAACUUAAAGCAUUGCAAAAUGGCAAAGCAAAAUCAGCAUGUCUUUGGAGGGGGAAAUAUAGUGUCUAGUCUGACAACUCAAAGCUUUACACCUGGAUCGAUUGUUAACCUGGGUGUAGUUCAUAAUUUCAGAACAGGACAGAAUUCCCACAGGCCAAUUUCCUGAAAAUUACAAUGGUCUCUUUGCACUGACACAUGAGUAUAAAACAUAUCCAAAAAAGAAGCACAAAAUACAAACGUUAGCUACAAAUGUUUUACCAAUAUAUCCUUGACACAAUUUGGCCCAUAAUGAUGUCCACAAAUGUGGACGAUAAAGAGCAUUACACUUUUUCAAAUUAAUAAAAUCAAGCAUCAGUAAAAAUAAAUAUAUAUAUACUGUAUUAUCAAAAAAUACAAAUCAGACUAAAUGUGUGUUUGCAGAUUUUACAUUGAUAAGGCCACAUACACCAACGACAGUGCAUUAUUUCUGUAAAGAGUAUAGAUUUGCUUGAUGUGUCUUCGUGUGAGACAGGUGACCUCAAUACCUUGUGCAAUAACUGCGUUUAAUAUACAUUAUGUGCCAAAUUGAGCAUGUCUUUCCAUCUCUGUUGGUCAGAAGAUGAUUUAAUUUGCCAUAAAAAAAAAAUUUGAUAUCUCAUCAUCUACCUGGUUCAGCUAAAAUAUACUGUGCUUGAUGUGUCUUCCAUAUAAGUUAUUCAUGUUUGGAAACAUCUAUAGUUUUUAUUGCAGACAUUUCGAAAGAAGAGGCUUUUUUAAAAGAUGCUUUAAAAGAUGCCUGAAAACCCCAAAAAAGUAAUGGAUGCAUUUUGUUGGUGCACAGGAGUGGCGGUGGUGUAGUGGGCUAAAGCACAUAACUGUUAAUCAGAAGGUCGCUGGUUCGAUCCCCACAGCCACCACCAUUGUGUCCUUGAGCAAGGCACUUAACACCAGGUUGCCACGGGGGGAUUGUCCCUGUAAUAAGUGCACUGUAAGUCGCUUUGGAUAAAAGCGCCUGCCAAAUGCAUAAAAAAAAACAACAACAAAAAAAAAAAAACAUUUUGUUAAGAAUUGAAUGGUCAAUCAAUCUCCAAUUUCCACAUUCUGAUCCACAUUUUGAAUUUGAGUGGCUCUUAUAGUCACAGACGUUUUUAAUUUUAUGAUUUAAAAUUGUCAGACACAUCCAAAGAAAUAUAUCAAGACAUUUUAAAAGACAGACAAAACAUUUUAUCGUAAUUCUAUUGUUAAAAAAAUUAUCUUGUAACAGUAAUGACUGUCAUAAGACACUUUAAAUUCUAUAUACAGUACUGUGCAAAAAUCUUAGGCAUAUAAGAUGUUUCACAAAAGCAUUUGUCUUAAGAUGGUUAUUUAUAUCAGCUUUUGAAUGAAAUUCUUUGCACAGCAUGGAAGCAAUUUCUUCCUUUUCCUUUGUUGUGGUAAAUAAAAGGCCCUUAGAAGGGUAUGAUCAAUCUAUCCUAGUCACUUAAUCGUGACCAGCCUCACAUUAUCCUGCACCCUUAAAAUCGAAUCAACUAAUACAGUAUCCUUCGAUGACAGUUUAAAAAGUUAAAAGCAGUUUGUCUAAAUGCAACGCACAAACAAAAAAACACGUUAACAGCAAUUUGUCAAUAAAAUCAAUUUACAAACUUUGCCAAUAUCAGGUGCAGAAUGUUAAAUACAACCCGAGAACACAUUUUGUUAUCUGCAAUUCUGCUGUAAAGCCUGUUAUGUGAUUUUGCAGGUAAACAUUUUAGGUUGACACAUAGUUGCCAAACUUUGCCUUUGCCUUAAGAUUAGAACCUAUGGACAAAUAGCCAAGAUUAUACUGAGGUGUCCCGAAAAACUGGCCUCAUUCCGACCUGUGGGAAUUCUGUCUUUUAAGACACACACACAAUCAUUGUAACAUUGUUGAUGUACUCAGAAUGUACACAUUAGACUACAUUAUAUAAGGCUUCAGAAUACAUUUGCACAUUGUUGUAAAAUAAUCUGCUAGCACCUUUUAAUGAUGCUAGACUGUUUUUUUUUUUUUUUUGUUUGGUUUUAUUUUACUGUAAAAUGAAUCAGAGAUUUAUUUUGUGAAGGCUUUUAUUUUGCUUAUAUGCAUUUAUAAAUACAUAUUGGGUAUCUGUGUGUUAUAUUUAAAACAUUUGAUGCUGUAUUUACUUUUAAUAAAGAUUCAAAUAUGGAGCCGGAAUUAUUACUGAAAUGCUUCAGUGCAGUUGCAGGGAGGACUAUGAGACAGAUAACACAUUAUAAUUAUUUUAUUUUGAAUAUCAAGUACAGUUGUUAAAUGUAUUAGAUUAGAAUGUAUUGUGUGUCUAAAACUCCAGUAUUCUCUACCGACCACCCAAAAUUCAUCUCUGUUUGGUUUUCAAUGAACAAAUCAUCUAAAGACAUUUACUUGUGUUUCUGCCUAUUUCUUCUUUCGACAAUACCCAUGAAGCUGGCCUACACCUCUACAGUUCACACAUUUAUGGAGGAAAACGUAAUCCUCAGAUUUAAAAUAUAUAUAUAUAUAUAUAUAUAUAUAUUUAUCAAGCCAAUCUGCUAAACGAAUCCAAGUUAAAGGGAUAGCUCACCCAAAAAUGAAAAUUCUGUCCAAAUUCUGUUCCAUCCGAACACAAAAUAACACAAAAUGAGAUGUUAGGCAACAUUGUUUAAAAAAAUAAAUAAAAAUACAGUGAAUGACAAUGGUGACUCAGGCUGUCAGACAUUUCAUGCAUAAUAUAUCUUGUUGUGCUCCACGGAAUAAAGGAAGUCAUGUGGGUUUGGAUGGAUCAUGUGGGUUUGCAAUGAUCACUUGUAGAUUUAUUUCUGUUUUAAAGGCAACCAAACUAUUUUAACCAAGGUAUUACUAAAUAUGCACUAUUUUGUCAUCAAUUAGGCAAUCAAUUAUCAAUAUAAAUCUUUCUUUACAUCCAAAUGAGAGCUUGGGUUGGUCAGUAGAUAAAUUAUUAAAUAGCGAUAAGAAAUGUUUAAUGUAGAAAUGUUUAUCUAGAAAAAAAAAAUACAUGUUAACAAAAUAAGAAAAAAAUGUUUGUGUUAUUUCUUGUACUCUGCCAAAAUUGUUCUCGACAGUAUCUUUGUGUGAAAAGUUUGCAGAAUGAGGCUGGUCGAGAUAGGGAGCAAAAUUUACACAAGAAAUCCUUUAAGAUAAUUGGCAAUAGCACAUUAGUAUCACAUCUAAUAUAAAAAUGAUUUCAAAUUUUGUUGCAGUACAGAUAUAUCUGGCUCUAAUGCAUUCAUGUAUUAACUCAAUGUACAUAAGCCAUACUAGAUUCCAUAUUUAAAUCAAAAGGAAUUCAAAUGUGGCUUUGAGGUCAAGGUCCAUUAGACUCCGUUUAGGGAAAAGAGAAAAAAAAAGCUGAUUACAAAGACAUUGACAAUCAUUUGUCAGUUGUUUUAGACUUGGUUGCAGAAUUCCAAAAUCUUGAGAGUAGAUGCAAUAUGUGUAGAAUAAAGCAGCCCUUAAAGGAAUUAUAUAGUGAGAGAGUUCAAAGCUUUUUGGGUGAGGAUACUGUCUUGAAAAUUCACACUGCCGACCUGGUUAUUAGCAUCUUUCAUUCUUGUGGUUUGUAACAUACUGCGAUGUAACCAUGGUUACCAUUUUAAAACUAAUGUAGAAAUGAUGGUGAAGUGUACAGUAAAUGUUAGUGUUCCAUCUGUCUAGCAGUAUCCCUCUCAGUGUAAGAAGGGCUUUAUGCUCAACAUCACUGUGAUUUUGUGCUGAUCCACCUGCCUAAAUCAAAGCAACAAAUGGCAAUAAAAUAACUCCA